AAUUUAAAUUCUCGAAAUGAAUACCAAAAUAUUCGAAGUAUAAAAGAUUCCCUAGUAUCUCUCUUCUAAAAUAGUACUUAACAACCUACUAGUAAUAUCAAAUCCUAAGAGGCGAAGAAAGACAACAAUGGCGGCCACAACAUGGCUCCCUACGUCUUCAGCCUCACUGAACUUGAAAGCCACCAAAACUAAACCUACCAUGCCACCAACUCUCCGAUUGAUGUGCUACGCUCAGAAAAUGACCUAUGACGGUGAGCCGCGCGCUGUUUUUUCAUCGGUAAAAACCUUUGCUCCGGCCACGGUGGCUAAUCUAGGACCCGGCUUCGACUUCAUGGGUUGUGCGGUGGAUGGUAUUGGGGACACAGUCUCAGCAAGAGUGGAUCCAGAUGUUCACCCCGGCGAGAUAUCUAUCUCACAUAUUUCAGGUAAAACCCCAAACAUUCACAAACUCAGUAAAAACCCUCUCUGGAACUGCUCUGGUAUUGCCGCCAUGGAAGCCAUGAAAAUGCUCGGCGUUCGAUCUGUCGGUCUUUCCCUCUCCCUCGAGAAAGGUUUACCUUUAGGGAGCGGGUUGGGAUCCAGUUCCGCCAGUGCAGCCGCCGCCGCCGUUGCCGUGAACGAGUUAUUUGGGAAAAGAUUGACCAUGGACGAACUUGUUGUCGCAUGCUUAAAAUCCGAGGAGACGGUGUCCGGUUAUCAUGCAGACAAUGUAGCGCCGUCAAUCAUGGGGGGAUUUGUUCUGGUUAGGAAUUACGAACCCUUGGAGUUGGUGCGGUUGAAGUUUCCUUCUGAAAAAGUGUUAUAUUUUGUACUGGUGACACCUGAAUUUGAAGCCCCAACGAAGAAGAUGAGAUCUGCACUUCCUGUGGAAAUAGGGAUGGCGCAUCAUGUGUGGAAUUGUAGCCAGGCAGGGGCUCUGGUGGCUGGAGUUUUACAGGGAGAUUUGUUGAUGUUGGGGAAAGCUUUGUCGUCGGAUACAAUUGUUGAACCGAAGCGUGCAGCGUUGAUUCCUGGGAUGGUUGCUGUCAAGAAGGCUGCUAUUGAUGCCGGAGCUUACGGAUGCACGAUCAGUGGUUCUGGACCUACUGCUGUUGCUGUCACGGAUGAUGAGGAUAAGGGACGCUUCAUUGGCCAACAGAUGGUUCGGGCUUUUCAAAAGCAUGGCAACUUGAAAGCUUCUGCUCAUGUCAAGCAGCUUGAUCGCCGCGGUGCUAGACUUCUUAGUGGCGUUCCAGCUAAUUGUUUUGAUUCAGUUUCGGUGUAGCUACUUUCGUGGUAGGAGGUGGGUGAGUAGGAGACAGAUCUUGAUGGAGCUGGAGACAACUAUUUCUUUAGUUCUGGAGACCUGCCUCUCAAUCCCCCAUUAAAACAACGUCACCAUGUGCCCGGAAGACCAGUGAAUUCAGCUUUGAUGAUUCUGUUCAAAUCACCCCACUUUUCAGCUCGGCCAGAUCUCCGCAAAAGCCUAAUGACCGGUUGAAAACAUCUUUGACUUUUCAAGAUUUGAUUCAACGAAUCUAGAAAGUCAAAAUUCCCUUAUAAAAAGAGAAUGACGGGAGGAUUUGAUUGUAGUUUGUUUAAACUGUAACAAUAAGAAUAUUAUUAUAAUUCACAUUUAGUGAGUUGUAGUUUGAAUUUAA